AUGGCAUCUGUACUCCAAAAUGUCAAGGCAACAAUGGCCUGGCGGAAACACCAGCUCCUAGCUGACUUUGAUGAGAAUGAGAGCCCUGUACCUGACAAAUUCAAGAGAAGGGCUUCUUUGAGUUCUCUCAAUACCAUCCGCAUGUCUCUAAGGAAGCGAGUGCCAUUAAAACAAGUAGAGCUGAAUUUUCAUAAGACCCCAACUUGGGAAAGUCUGGAAGUGGGACAGAAGUGCCAAACUCUUCAGAGUAUUAAAAGAACAGCAAAAAAUGCUUUCGGAACAGUGUCCCAGAAAAUACAGAGGUCUUGCCAAAGCCCUGUACACUCGAUGGUGACCUUUCCAGCUGAAUCCAUCAGCAGAAGCUGUGCAACCAGUUCUACCAAGCAAAGAAGUACUACACCUCGAACCCCUUCCUGUAAGAAGAGUGCUACUCCAGCAGCCAGUUCCAAAGGCACCCCAAGAUCCAGCAAAAGAGCCUUGCUUGGGCCAACAAGGGUGUCAGAACAUAGAGAAUGGAGGGGUUUCUCAUCGUGGCUUUGUAAAGAUGCUGUCUCUCUCCGGAGAUCAAGAAGAGCAGCAGCACUGAAAAGCCCUUACUCAUCACCCGCUCCUGCCAGCAGAAAGAUAGAGUUUGACUGCGAGUUGGAGCUGGUAUCCUCAGGGAUUUGCCAACUGAAGCACAUCUCCCAGGCAUUUGAUGAUGCCAUUGUGCAAGAGGAGAGGCAACACGCAAUAUCAAACUAUUACUCUAACGGCACAAAACUUGCUGUCUGCGCGUCGAUCUCGGAAACUUUCUCAAGCUAUCGGAAGGCAAGCAAAGAGACUCCAUCGAGCACUUUGUACCUAGACAGAGAUGGCUGUAACUAUUAUGAGUUUAUCAGCACAGACAAAGGAGAGCUCUGUGUAGCACUUGAACAGGUGCACUCUAUACAUUGA